AUGGCAAAAACUGGUGGUGGAGAUGUGGUAACAGGAGCAGAUCUGAUGCCCAACACACGAAGGAGACGGACGAUCCGACAGAUCUGGAAGGGCGAAGGAUGCAGCAACAGAGACCUUGAGGUUCGUUGUGUAAGAAGGAAGGAGUUACUUGAGACCUUGGAGAGAGAACUGCCACCUGGCACUAUCCGGUAUUCGUCUAAGGUUGUUUCUAUUGAGGAUUCUGGAUUCCACAAAUUGCUUCACCUAGCUGAUGGUUCCACCAUCAAAACCAAGGUGUUAAUUGGGUGUGAUGGAGUGAAUUCCGAGGUGGCGAAAUGGCUGGGGCUUGAGAAACCAGUAUAUUCAGGGAGAUCAGCAAUUAGAGGGUUUGUUGAGUACCCAGAUGGACACAACUUUCAGCCAAGGUUUCAUGUCUUCUUUGGAGGAGGUGUGCGUUUUGGCUUUGUUCCUUGUGAUAACAAGUGCUUGUACUGGUUUUGCACUUUCAAUUCCUCUCUACAAGAUGAUGCAGAAAUAGAAGAGAACCCAGUUAAGAUGAGGCAGUUUGUAUUGGACAAGCUCAACAAAAUCCCCAAACAUGCAUCAGAGGUUAUGGAAAGGACACAACUUGACAGAAUCUUCUGUGUUCCAUUGAAGUUAAGACUACCAUGGAAUGUACUAUUUGGGAACAUUUCCAAAUCCAAUGUCACCGUCGCUGGCGACGCCCUGCAUCCGAUGACACCCGACAUUGGUCAGGGUGGCUGUUCAGCCAUAGAAGACAGUGUUGUUCUUGCCAGGUGCCUUGGGGAAGCCUUAUUGAAAAAACCCAGAAAAGAGAUCGGAGACAAAGAAGAAUAUGAGAGGAUCAAGAAGGGGUUGGAGAAGUAUGCAAAUGAGAGGAGAUGGAGGAGUUUUAGUUUGAUUAGUACUGCAUAUGUGGUGGGUUUCAUACAGCAGAGUGAAGGGAAGGUGGUGAAUUUCUUGAGAGAGAAAUUGCUGUCGAGUUUCAUAGUCGAUACUACGUGGAAGAUGGCUGACUUCCAUUGUGGCGAGCUCAAUGUUUCUUGAAGUAAUUUGAAGUUUUAAAUCCAUGUUUGUUGCUUGUUGAUCAAUAAAGAUGAUAAAAGUUAGUGUUUGUA